GAGGGUAGUGACCGAUGGGCUUCGGCCAUGCCUGGCUCCGUUCUCCAGGGAGCGGCUGCGGUGUUAGCUUCGUUAUUAAUCCUUUGGUUAUUCAGAUGGUACUGCAGUAGCUCAAUCACGGCAAAAGGGAGGCUGCCGCCGGGGUCCAGGGGUCUCCCCGUCCUCGGGGAGACCCUCCAGUUCUUCGCCGGGAGCCCAUCGCUGGAGCUGCACCCGUUCUUCAAGCGACGCAUUGAAAGGUACGGCCCGAUUUUCAGGACGAAUUUGAUCGGCGUAGACCUCAUCGUUUCCCUCGACGCGGAGCUGAACAACCUGGUGUUCCAGCAAGACGAGAGGCUCUUCGAGAACUGGUGGCCGGAGUCGGUGAUGAGGAUCUUCGGCGCCGAGAGCAUCAUCCCAUCCAUGGGGUCCUUCCACAAGCACGCCAAGAACCUCAUCCUCCGGAUCUUCGGCCCCGAGAACCUCAGGCUGGUCCUGCUCCAGGACGUGCAGAGGACGGCUCAGGCGAGCCUGCUCUCGUGGCUUGACCUGCCAAGCGUCGAGCUCAAGGAGGCGACCUCCAGUAUGAUAUUCAGCGUGACAGCCAAGAGACUCAUCAGCUACGACUCCUCAAGUUCAGACGGGAAGCUGUGGAAACAGUUCGACGCGUUCAUUCGGGGGCUCCUAGCGUUUCCACUUUACAUUCCUGGGACAGCCUUCUACCAGUGUAUGCAGGGGCGCAAGGAAGUCAUGAAGAUACUGCGUAAACUUUUCGAUGAAAGGAAAAAGGCACCUUCUCGACUGGAAAAAGUUGAUUUUAUUGAUCUCUUGAUCGACACUAUCAAGGAGGACAAGCUUGCAAUGAGCGACAAUUUUGCACUGAAUUUGAUCUUCCUGCUGCUCUUCGCUGGCUUCGAGACAACGUCGUCCGGGAUAACUGCUGCAAUCAAGUUUCUGACAGACAAUCCCAAGGCCUUGCAAGAACUAACGGACGAACAUGAGAACAUUCGGAAAAGAAGGGCAAGUCCUGAUGCUGAAAUCACAUGGGAGGAAUACAAAUCCAUGAAAUUUACAUCUUGUGUCAUACACGAGUCAUUAAGAAUGGCCAAUAUUGCUCCAUUAUUAUUUAAGAAAGCAAGAGAGGAUGUUCACAUAAAAGCUUACACUAUCCCAAAAGGAUCAAAGGUCAUGGUUUGUCCUUCCAUUGUUCACCUUAAUCCUACUAUUUAUGAGGACCCCAAUGUAUUCAACCCUUGGAGGUGGAAGGAAAUUGCCGAGCCACUUGGUGGAGCCUCCAAAGACUUCAUGGCCUUCGGAGGAGGUUUGCGAUUAUGUGUUGGUGCUGAGUUUGCUAAGUUGCAAAUGGCUAUUUUCCUCCAUUCCUUAGUUACUAAAUACAGGUGGAAAGCGAUUAAGGGGGGCAUCAUGGUGCUUUCUCCAGGGCUACGGUUUCCUGAUGGUUUUCACAUCCAGCUUAUCCACAAAUCUUGACAAAUUUAUUAUUCAACAAAACAAUGCUUUGUAGACAUAUAUAGUUUUUACUUAAUUAUGUGUUCAUGUAUGUCUGGGUUUGUAAUGUGGUCAUUGAACAUAAGGUCAUCUCGAAUAAAUUAAUAUAGACAUAUGUAAGAGGUACAUGAGAAAAACAUAUAAUAUGUGUAGGUAUGGUUAAUACCUACACAUUAUAUAUGUUGUACUAUGUUUCCUACAUUAGUUACAACAUGCAAAAAUACUUUUUCUACCACUCUACUCAAAAAUGGUGGCCUACAACUCAUUUCAUCCUAUACAAUGUUACAAAGCAGUCAUUGUUAGCAUCACUGCUACAUAAUUGUCGUCACAAGUCC